CCGUAGAAAUUGCACUACGUGUGUGUGACUCGUGGCCCUUUAUCAUUUGUUGUGACGGGACCUGGAAGUUUGUUUUAUGAAUUUGAUUGGUUUUUUAACUUGUUAUGCUUGAUUGUGGGGGAGGGUUUGAUCCUUGUAUGGAAGUUGUCCGAUUGAGUAAUGGCGGGCGCACUGCCCAACCAAGGUUGUUUCACUUGCGGAGCUAGGGAUCACUGGAUGAGGGAGUGCCCGCAACGGCCGUAUGGCUUCCGACCGCCGCCAGCUACAGGCGCUAAUGCCACCUCGGUGCUCGCCUUGACUGCGCCAAGUGGGACUCCGGCCACUGUUACUAAUCACGUGCCUUCCUCAUCCAGAUCCAUCGGUUCGUCGUUCGGUUAUCAACCGCGUCCAAGAACCAACUGGUGGAAGGAGAACCAGGAGAGGCUGGACAAGGUGUACAACAAAUUUGUGCAAGACGAGGAAAGUGAGAAGAGGAAGAAGGAGCUGGAGGAAAUGGAGAAGAAAAAGAAGGAGGAGGAUGAUAGACGAAACGAAUGGAAGAAAGAAAGGGAGAGGCUGGAAACCGAGAUGGCAUAUCGACUGGACAAACGUUUUGAAGAAUUGGGGUUAAAGAAGAAGGAGGUGCCGAAUGGGAAUAGUCAAUCUGAGGAGAUGAUGCGUCUAAAACAUGAGAAUGAGGAGUUAUUGAAAAAGAUUAACGGGGGAGGUAACGAAUUUGGGAAGAAUGAUGAAUUGGCACGUCUACGGUGUGAAAACGAGGACUUAAGGAGAAAGGUGAGUGGGGAAGGGAGCAGCCAACGAGAUGGGGAAGGCAUGUCUCGACUGCAGCAGGAGAUUUAUGAGUUGCACAAGUUGGUUGGUAGCAAACAGUCGGAUGACGAUGAAAUUUUUGCACUCAAACAAGAGUUGAGCGAGCUUAAACAGA